CCUCUUAUAUACCAAAAGAUCAGGGCAAAUUUGGUUUCUCAUGUCAUGACCCCUUUAACAGAUCGAGUGCAGUGAAGCGCUUGUUCUCUGGCGCCGCGCGCCGGCGAGCCGCGGAACUGCGUCAGUCUUUGUGCCGCCGCCAUCUUGACCAGGAUCCGGAUAAUCAGCACCUGAACACACUGAUCUACAGCAAACACACGCGACUACAGAGCGGCGAUGGCCACGGCACCCUACAACUACUCCUACAUCUUCAAGUACAUCAUCAUCGGAGACAUGGGCGUCGGGAAGUCCUGCUUACUGCACCAGUUCACCGAGAAGAAGUUUAUGGCCGACUGUCCGCACACCAUCGGCGUGGAGUUCGGCACCAGGAUCAUGGAGGUGAGCGGUCAGAAGAUCAAGCUGCAGAUCUGGGACACGGCGGGGCAGGAGCGCUUCAGAGCCGUCACGCGCAGCUACUACAGAGGAGCGGCGGGAGCGCUGAUGGUCUACGACAUCACCAGGAGAAGCACAUACAACCACCUCAGCAGCUGGCUGACCGACGCCAGGAACCUCACCAACCCCAAUACUGUCAUCAUUCUCAUAGGAAACAAAGCGGAUCUGGAAGCGCAGCGAGACGUGACGUAUGAAGAGGCUAAGCAGUUCGCCGAAGAGAACGGUCUGCUGUUCCUGGAGGCCAGCGCUAAAACAGGAGAUAAUGUGGAAGACGCGUUUCUGGAAGCAGCUAAGAAGAUCUAUCAGAACAUCCAAGACGGCAGUCUGGAUCUGAACGCGGCCGAGUCGGGCGUGCAGCACAAACCGUCGGCGCCGCAGGGAGGCCGGCUCACCAGCGAACCACAGCCGCAGAGGGAAGGGUGUGGCUGUUAAUGACAUGACCUUCAUCCUCCUCCUCCUCCUCCUCCAUCACACACUCGGCCGUCCCAGAGAGGGGAGGAUCACGGCUACAUGCGCUCAUUCCCUUCUCUCUCUUCAUCUGUCCGUCCUCACGCUCUCUGGUCGGUGUGUUCUUACGUUCCCAUCAUCCUCUGACCGCACUAACCUCUGCUCAUCACGUCACACUUCAGUUCAGCCUCUUUUUAUUGAUGCAUUGAUGCAUAGCUCAACAAUGUGACGUCAGAGCUGUGUGGAAUAAAGGUAAAUUAUGUGAAAAAUGCGUUUUUAAAAAAACGUAGCAUUAAC